GGGGUGGUCAAGAAAAACAUCCAAAAUCCAUGAGAUCAAGUUAGCAGUGAACCAAGCAAGGCCGACAAGUCGGCACCGAUAGCCCGAUAUAAAAAUCAAUAAAAUCCAAAUAUUGCUUCAAUUCGUACAACCAGUUUCCAAUUACCAAAAUUAUGAAAGUGAUUUUGACGAUUUUCGUUGUGCUUUCUGUGGCGUAUUGUGGACUUCCCCCAUACUUAAAGAUAUGCAGCAAUAAGGACCCUAAUUUGAACAAAUGUAUAAUAGAUUCUAUAGACCAUAUUCGUCCCAAACUUGUAACUGGAAUCCCGGAGUUAAACGUUCCAUCGAUGGAACCACUCAUUCUGAAAUCGAUACAGAUUCGCAGUGGACCCAGCCAGGCUAAAAUUGACGUUGAUCUUACUAAUUUAAAGGUUUGGGGACCGUCCACCAUGAAAAUUACGGAUCUCAAAGCGAACAUACGCCAACACCACUUUAAAUCAAUAGGAAUCAUACCGAGCAUAUAUUUUGAAGGAGAUUACGUUUUGGAUAUGAACGUGCUCAUUCUUAAAUACAAAGGCAAAGGACUCAUGAAGGGAAAUAUUACCGAUUACACGUUCAAUUGCGACAUGAAAGGAGACGUAUUCAAAAAAGGUGGCGAAGAUUACCUACGAUUUCGAAGGUUCAAAAUCGAUUUGAAAACCGGACCUAGUUUCUUACAUCUCGGCGAUUUGGAUUUCAAAGACCCCGCCAUAGCAAAUGGCGUCAAUGACGUGGUUAGAGAAAACUCGGAUUUAAUUCUUGAACAAACCACGCCGGAGCUGGCUAAAGCCUUGGAAGAAGCAUUAACGGAAAUUUCAAAUCGUAUCGUCGAAUCCGCACCUUAUCGGGAACUUUUUCCGGAAAAAUUAUUUUUAUUACCUCCGGGGAUAGGGGCGGCGUCCACGAUCCCGGCUUGGGCGGCGGCAGCGAUAUGGCUGCCGUCAGGUCCCAAAAGGACUCCUUCGGCGGCGGGUCCUUUUAUAAGAGCACCCGGAUUACCUGGGCCAACCAAGUAUCGCGAUGCCUGCUUAUUUCGUCAACCGCCUAAUCGGCGGCAAAGCAAAGAAUUUGCGAACAUGAACGCCUCUUGGCUUGUGUCCUUUUCCGGCGUUGUUGUCAUUGUGAUAGUUGUUUUGCCAUCCAUAGAUGCGAUUAUACCGUCUUAUAUAAAGGUCUGCAGAAAAAGCGAUCCCAAUAUCGGAAAAUGUAUCAUCGAAUCGAUAGACAAACUUCGUCCGAAAUUAAGGGAUGGAAUUCCAGAAUUAAAGGUGCCAAGCAUAGAGCCCCUGCCGUUGGAUGAAAUCAAGUUGAGGAGUGGGCCCAAUCAGGCUAAAAUAGACGCCAACAUCACAAACGUCAAAGUGUGGGGUCCGUCGCAUUUUCAAAUCAUUGAUCUUAAGCCCAACCUAGCCAAGAAUAAAUUUGUAGUGAGGGUGACUCUGCCCAAUUUGUACUUUGAAGGGGAUUACGAUAUAGACAUGAACGUACUAAUCUUGAAAUACCAAGGACGAGGUCCCAUCACUGGAAAUUUUACUGACUACAACUUCGACUGCAUAAUGAAAGGCGACAUUGUGAAAAAAGAUGGAAAACAACACUUGCACUUCCGAAAAUUCGGCUUAAAGCUGUCGAUAGGAAAAAGCCAUCUGCAUCUGGGUAAUUUGUUCUCCGAUGACGCGGUUCUUGGUAGGGCGACGAACGAAGUGGUUAGAGAUAAUGCGGAUUUAUUUGUUAACGAAAUAAAGCCCGUUUUGGAGAAUUCCCUAGCCCAAAAAUUUACCGAUAUCGCCAAUAGUAUUACUAGCACAUUUGCAUAUGAGGAACUGUUUCCUACGACAUAAAAUGAUUUAA